CGGUCGUGCAUCGGUCCCCUGCCGUGCUAGCGUGUCUCAUCCGGUGUCCCCAGGAGCGCCAUGGCGGAGCUGUUCCUGCUGGCGGAGGAGCUGUCGUGCUCCAUCUGCCUGGAGCUCUUCAAGGAGCCGGUCACCACCCCGUGUGGCCACAACUUUUGCCGAUCGUGCCUGGACGAGACGUGGGCUGUCCAGGGCAAGCCGUACCGGUGCCCCCAGUGCCGCGCCGUGUCCCCGUCGCUCCCGGAGUUGCGAAAGAACACGGUGCUGUGCGCGGUGGUGGACCAGUACCUACAGGCCGAGCUGGAGCAGGCGCCCGUGGCCGACUGGACGCCACUUUCCCCUCCCGAGGUCCCCAGUCCCGCCAUCCAGGUGUUCUGUGACCACUGCCUGAAAGCGGAGGCCGUGAAGACCUGCCUGGUGUGCAUGGCCUCCUUCUGUCCGGAGCACUUACGGCCACACCUCGAGAGUCCUGCCUUCCAAGACCACCAGUUGCAGCUGCCGGUGCAAAACCUGCUGAAACGAAAAUGUUCUCGGCACAACCGCCUGCGGGACCUGUUCUGCCCCACACAUGGCGAGUGUAUCUGCCACGUCUGCCUGGUGGACCACAAGACCUGCUCUCCGGUCGCCCUGAGCCAGGCCAGCACCGAUCUGCAGAAAACCCUGAGGCAUAAGCUAACCGUCAUGUGCAGUCAUAUCGGCGGGGCGACAAGAGCACUGGAGGAUGUAAGAGCCAGGCAGCAGAGCUUGCGGGAGGCUACAAACAAGAAGAUGGAGCAGGUGAGACAGGAAUACACGGAAAUGAAGAUUCUCAUUGAGGCCUCCGAGGCCAGCGCCACACGCAAGCUAAAAGAAGAAGAGAAGAGGGUUGUCAACAAGUUUGACUCCAUUUACCAGAUUCUCCUCAAGAAGAAAAAUGAGAUCCAAACCCUGAAGGAGGAGAUCGAGAGCAGCCUGGUGAAGAGGGACGAGUUCGAGUUUCUUGAGAAAGCGUCAAAACUGCAAACAGUCUCUACGAAGCCAGUCUACAUCCCCAGGGUGGAGCUGGACCAUGAGCUGAUCAAGGGUGUCUACCAAGGUGCCGUAGAGGUCAAAAACCAGCUAAGGCAGUCCCUGGCACAGUCCCAGGAGAAGAAGCCCGAGGAGCCCAUCAGCUCAGAUGACUCUGGAGACCGUGGCACCCAGUCUACAAACAAACCCUCGAACCCUGGGAAAAAGUCCUCACAAGAAAAGAAAACCAAGAAACACAGUAAGUUGGGUUCACCCCUAGCUUCUAGCACUGACAUUGGCGCUACUGCUGCCUCUGCCUCGUCCAGCCAGACUUUCAUCUUCGGAGCCCCUGGACAGUCAGUGGAAAUAAAAUCAUCCCUGGAUGAUGCAGCCAAAACCACCACCUUGCCAAGUGCCGUGACCAUCAAGACCAAGGUGCUGGAAAACUUCUUAGCCAAGACCAGAUCUGAGCUCUUAGAGUAUUUUGUUAAGGUCAUCUUGGACUACAACACCGCCCACUACAAAGUGGCUCUGACCGAGAACUACACCACCGCCUCCGUGGCCGAUGCGCCCCAGAUGUACCGGCCGCACCCCCAGCGGUUCAUGUACUGCUCUCAGGUGCUAGGUCUGCACUGCUACAAGAAAGGGAUCCACUACUGGGAGGUGGAGCUGCAGAAGAACAACUUCUGUGGGGUGGGCAUCUGCUAUGGCACCAUGGACCGCCAGGGUCCCGAGAGCCGUCUGGGCCGCAACAAAGCCUCCUGGUGCGUGGAGUGGUUCAACAACAAGAUCUCCGCCUGGCACAACAACACGGGGAAAACGCUGCCCCCCACCAAGGCCACGCGGGUGGGCGUGCUCCUCAACUGUGACCACGGUUUUGUCAUUUUCUUUGCUAUCUCUGACAAGAUCCACAUGAUGUAUAAAUAUGUCGUGGACUUCACCGAAGCUCUGUACCCGGCCUUCUGGGUGUUCUCGGCGGGUGCCACGCUCUCCAUUUGCUCCCCAAAGUAGGCAGGCCCUUGGGCCGGCUGCCUGAGGAGCACUCAGGUGGGACUCCUUGGAGAACUUCCCUGAGUUCCCUGGGAGGAUGGGGAG